AUGCUCGGUUUCGUGUUUUCCACGGCCAUCCUCUUCCUAACUUGCAUAUCCGGCAUCUUAGGUUCUGGGAUCACCACUUUCAUUGAUGACCAAUGCAAGACGUCACACGAGCCCUUGGAAGUAAAGAAUGGGUAUCCAGAUGGAGUGUGUACGGCGCUGAAAAUCAAGAACGGCCUCGAAGCUUUCCAGAUCGUACAACUGGACCCUGGUUGUGCAGUCACAUUGUAUGGCCCAAACGACGACAGUGGGCAAGCUUGCUCCUCGCCCGUCAAGAUCGUAGGCGAACUUGCUGCCUGCUAUAACUCGUCGUGGAUCUACUACAGCGUCGACAACUGCUUCAAACCAAACUCGGUCUCAUCUAGCGCGCUUGUGCUUCCGACUGUGGCGGCGAGUCCUUCCUCCACCUUGUCCUCCUCAUCAUCAACAUCGUCGCCAUCUCCGACCUCCUCAGCAUCUUCAUCUAAAUCGACUACUACCCCACCUCCAACCAAAAACACAGACACCUCUCAUACGCCCGCAAUAAUUGGUGCCAUCAUCGGCAGCGUCGCCAUCUGCGCCGCCCUCAUCGCUCUCCUCGUCUUUUGCCUACACCAACGCAAGUCCCAGCCCGGCAAACCCCUGCCGCACCCGCCGUCCUACGAGCUCUCGCAGGAGCGCGCCCUGAGCGAGAUGGCGCGGAGUUCGAUCGUACCCCCGACGCGCACGGUGCAGAAAGAGAUGUGGGCGAGCGAGGCGGCGGUCGAGAUGGGGAGGAAUAGUUAUGCCCCGCCGGUGGAGCUGCCGGCGGCGAGUUGGGGCGAGGAUAAGAAAAGAGGAAGUGCAUUGAUUCAUGUGCACUUGGCCAGGUAG